AUGCCGCAAUGCUAUUCUCUGCAAACGAAUCGCCAAGGCCAAGAUAUCAUGUGUACGAGCGCGACACUACACGACUUCGAUCUUGCUCUUGCAAGCUGUGGUGUCCACAAUAUGACAACAUCGCCAGAAACGAGCUUGACAUUUGACAACAUGGAUGUCCAAGCUGGCAUCAGCUUCCAAACACGUGAUCCCACACAAGCUACAUACGCCUUCCAGGUUGACUGGAUCAAGCAAAAGAUUGAUACGGAGAAAUGUCAAAAGGCUAAGCAUCAGUCCCACAUAAAACCCAUCCCAAGGCACAUGCAAGAAAAUCCAGCAAGGAGUUUGAUGUUCCGGAUAUCAUACAUUGACACAAGCUAUAACCUCAGUGCCGGAGGAGAUGUUUCGGUAAGUAUUGGUAUGGGCAAGGUCGAUCGCAUCAAGGUUGACUUUUCCGAGUGA